AUGGAAAUUAACGUAGCCUUCGAUGUCGAUCUGAGGCAUAUGGACGAGAAAUUGGGAAGCAAUGUCGUGGACGUAGGAGUCGACCUCUCCGAAUUCUACAUGUCGGUAGAAUGGGAUAUUUUAGAAGUACCUGCAGUACGAAACGAAAAGUUUUACACUUGCUGCGACGAGCCGUACCUGGAUAUUACAUUUAAUAUAACAAUGCGAAGAAAGACACUUUUCUACACUGUGAAUAUAAUUAUUCCGUGUAUGGGAAUUUCCUUUCUUACGGUACUGACGUUCUACCUACCCAGCGACAGCGGGGAAAAGGUCACGCUCUCCAUUUCCAUUCUCAUCAGUCUUCACGUGUUUUUCCUGCUGGUCGUUGAGAUCAUUCCACCUACGUCGCUGGUCGUGCCGCUGCUUGGAAAGUACCUGAUAUUCGCCAUGGUACUCGUUUCGAUAAGUAUAUCCGUGACAGUUCUCGUGCUGAACGUUCACUUCCGGUCGCCACAGACUCACAAAAUGUCUCCUUGGAUGAAGAGGGUUUUUAUCCAUAUUCUUCCACGCUUAUUGGCUAUGCGAAGGCCUCAGUAUAAAUUCGAAACAAAUAGAUAUAGUUCUGGCAGAGUAUUAAUGAGGACAGUCAGAGGAAAGGAGAAGACCUGUUAUUAUCCUUAUCGUCCAUCUACCCAAGAAGAUAGCGAAGAACACCUAACGCCCAAACGAUUUCAUAGUCGUGCUGCAUCGAAAGAAGACCUUUCACCUUCCAGCCUCGCUGAUGGCGCAAGGUUUGGCGGAAGUUGCCUAAUCCAUGGACCACCGUUACCACCGCUGCCUCUUCACACGGAGUGCGAGGAACUCUCCGUGGCUGGCGAAGCAACGAUCGAAGAGGUGAAAAGUCCGGUGCUACGAAGUCCGCCAGCUUUUUCCCAUUCGCGCUGCCCCCCCGAAAUCCACAAAUCCUGCAUUUGUGUGCGUUUCAUCGCGGAACACACGAAAAUGCUCGAAGACUCCACUAAGGUGAAAGAAGACUGGAAAUACAUGGCAAUGGUCUUAGACAGACUGUUCCUUUGGAUCUUCACAUUGGCGGUGCUGACUGGCACAGCUGCGAUCAUCUUGCAGGCACCUACCCUCUACGACGACCGAGUACCAAUUGAUAAAAAAUUAAGCGAAUUCACAACCACGACGGUAGUAAAGUACCCGCCACAAUAG